AUUUUCAUCCCUACUUACUUUCUUCUGAUCUCGGUACGGUGGAAGGAAACUGGAGGGAGGGGAAUCGAAUUCGAUCGAUGGCGGUGGAGUUGCUCGCCCUCUCCAAGUUCAAGCUUCAGCUCCUCGCGCUAAUCGCCCAGACUCGAUGCGUCAGAGAAGGCGAACGAGCCGUGCGAGAGGAGCUCCAGCUUUCCAUCCAGAGGCGGGAGCAAAUCGAAGCGGAGUGCACGAAGAGGUUGCAGGAUUUGCAAGCGCGGAUCGUGUCCCUCGAGGAGUCGCAUUGCAGGCUGGAUAGCAAGAUAAAGUAUCUUGAGACCGAGAAAAAUUUGCUGGAGAAAAAAGAGACAGAAUUGAAAGAAAUCAUCAAUGGCUUUCUAGCAUCAAGGGAGGCUCUCCUAGACAAUUAUAAUGAUUCUACAUAUCAACUGAAACGAAGCAUUCAAAAGAGGGAUAAAAAGCUUGUGAUCCUCACAGAAAAGAUGGAUGCUCAAUUUCAGUUGUUUGACUCAAUUGAGAAGGAAGCAGCUGCCGUCAAGCAGGCUGUACAUACUGUUGAAGAUAUUGUAAAUGGAAAGGAACAAGAAGUCAGUAGAUUAAAGAGGAAAGUAGAUCAAAUCACAACUCUUGGAAAGGAUUUUGUUGAGAGAAUUUUGUACCUUGAAAAGAAGCUUAGCAAUCACCAGCUUGAACUUCGAAGGAAAGAUGCUGACAUUAUCAAUUUAAAUGAAAAGCUUGAAGCAGAGAAACUAAGCAGAAAGUUUCACUCACAAAUUGAAGAACUCCAGACAACUUUGUUGGUGAAAGAUGAACUCAUACAAAGGUUAACCAUGGAGAAGCAGAAGCUUCAUCUUCAACUUGGAAAAAUGGAAGUGGUGCUUAGGAAGAUUCAAGAUCCCGCACUCAAAUUGAUUUCUCAGGAUCAGGAAAUGUUACUUCCAGCUCUAGGAAGUCAAGAAACUCGUGACAUGAUUAACACAGACAAACACAUUACAUGCGGUUCUCCAGGAACAGCAAGCAAAGACAUACCUAUGAUUGAUAAUCCCUACAAAGAUACGGAUGCUGCUUCCGUUCAUCAUCAUGUCGGCAUGAACUCGACUACUGAUGCAGGAGACUGAAGGCCUUCGCUUUGCGAUAUUGAACUUUGGGUUAUGCAUGUUUGAAACUUGAGUAUCUGUCUGAUUCAGUUGCGCGCACUUUUAUGACGUGUUUUUGUUCCUUGAUUUCGCUCGAAGACAGGCAAUCAAAUGCGUCACAGCAAUCAAAUGAUGAAAAUUCUACAUUUUAUUUUGCCAUAUACAACUUGCAGUUCUUUGCUGCAGAUAUCCAGGUGACGAACGACGAUGAAGCAUGAAUAUUCCAAUUACGCCCACUGUGCAUGAUCUGCAGUCGCAGAGCAAGGUAACAGGAACGCCCUAGAUUUACAGAAAUCCAUGAGGUAGUAAACGGCGACCCCCCCGGCGGUCAUCCCGGCGCAGAGGGCGUACACCUUCCACCCGGCGAUGGCCAUGACGAAGAGGAGGAAGGCGGAGGGGACCAAGCAGAGGAUGACGAGGAAGGGGAAAGAGAGGGGGACGCGGUAGGGGCGCUUGAGGUCGGGCUGCUUGCGGCGGAGCCAGAGGAAGGCGGCGAACUCCAUGAGCAUGCCGAGGGCGUAGAGGAAGUUGGCGGAGUUGAUGAUGUCGUUGAAGGUCAUGAAGGAGAGGCCGAGGGUGAUGAGGGAGGAGGUGAGGAUGCCGACCCAGGGCGUGCGGAACCACUUGGCUCGGGACGCGUAGGCGCGCGGCAGCAGGCCGAGGUCCGCCAUCCCCAGCAGCUGGAACGCGCUCGAGCUCAGCUGCGCCUCGUACAGCCCCACCGCCGACAGCACCGCCCCGACCUCGAUCCAGUACUUGAGCCACCUCCCCGCGAUCAUCUCUGCAUCAAAUCCAUCACAUUCACCCGAACCAAAAGCAGCGGUCGAAUUUGUAAAACCGGUUCGGCCUGCUCCUUGCGGUUCGGCAAUGGGCCGGGUUACGAGGUGGGGUGGAGACUGA